AUGCCUGUUGCUUUCUUCGUCCUGAUCUUCCUCACAGGUGAGGCGUCCUCUGAGAAAGUGUGCAGUUACCAGGACGUACUGGACUACCUGAACCUGACCACAGAGAACAGUGUGUUUAAACUGACCCGGCCCGUUCUGGACUACACACACCCCACCGUAGUAGAGCUGGACAUCAUCCUCUACGCCAUUCUGGCUGUGAUGUGGAACAAUGAACACAUCUCAUGGGACCCCGCUCAGUUUUGUGGAAUCACUCAGGUUUCAGUUCCUAGAGACAUGCUCUGGAGGCCGGACCUCUUCAUCUAUGAGAUGAUACAGAAAGAUGAGUCUCCUCAGAAUCCCUACAUGUACGUGUCCUACAAUGGGAUGGUCACUUCUGAAGAGGACGUGAAGGUGGUCAGCACCUGUAAAAUGGACGUCCACAAGUUCCCCUUCGACACACAGAGAUGCAACAUCUCCAUUGGUUCUGCGAUACACUGUGCUGAUGAAAUUCGGCUCCUUCCUUCCUCCAACUCGUCUCGGGCCACUCAGUUUUCCAGAGAGGUGAUGAAGACUCAGGGAGAGUGGGAGUUCCUCCAACUGUCUGUCAACAACCACAAUUUCACCUACGACAACAGAGAGUGGGAACAGCUUAUAUACACUUUCACCAUAAGGCGGAGGCCCCUCCUCCAUGUCAUCAACUUCCUGUUGCCCAUCCUGUUCUUCUUGAGUCUGGAUCUCGCCUCCUUCUUCAUCUCAGACCACCGAGGAGAGAAGUUGGGCUUCAAGGUCACGGUGCUACUGGCCAUCUCCGUCCUGCUGCUCAUCCUGAACGACAUCCUGCCCUCCAUGUCCAACAAGACUCCACUCAUAGCGACCUACUGCAUUGUGAUUUUUGCUCUGAUGCUACUCAGUCUGCUGGAGACCAUCUUGGUUACGUAUCUGAUGGAAGUAGAUUCAGCUUCCCAGGAGAAGCUCAGGCUGAAGGACGACACGGAGGCCAAACAGGAAAACAUCAAAAGCGAUAAGUGUAACGCAGGGGAGAAAAGACAGACCUGCUGUUCAUGCAUCAGCAAAGUGUCUGACGGUGAGAAACGGAAUGAAAUGCUGCCACUGGCUGAAGAGAUGAAGGAGCUGCAGCAAACCCUGAAUCUGCAUCUGAGCUCCAGAGAGGAGGGAGGGAAGUCCAACCACUGGGCCACAAGAAUCAACAGAGGCUUCUUCGUUUUCUACGUCACCACUGUGUCACUGUUUCUAUCCCUCAUCUUCAAUGAAUGGAACAGUUAG